UUUUUUUUUUUUCCCCGUGGGGGGGAGGGGACGAGGGGCCGGUUUCCCUCCCCCUCCCCAUCUUCCUCCUCCUCCUCCUCCUCCUCCUCCUCCUCCUCCUCUCGCUCGCUCGCUGCCGCGCCCGGGGAAGGUCGGUGGGGCAGGGGGACAGACGGACAGGCAGACGGACAGACAGACUGAGGGGAGCCCUCAGCAACCCUCCCCGCCCCCCUCCGAGCACCCCCGCGCCCACCCGGGAUCGGGCCCCGAGAGGACACCGGCAGACACCAAAGAUGCUAACAAGAAAGAUUAAGCUUUGGGACAUUAAUGCCCACAUUACCUGUCGCCUGUGCAAUGGAUACCUGAUUGAUGCUACCACUGUUACAGAAUGCUUACAUACGUUCUGUAGAAGCUGCCUAGUGAAAUAUUUGGAGGAAAACAACACCUGUCCGACUUGCAGAAUUGUUAUACAUCAGAGCCACCCAUUGCAGUAUAUUGGUCAUGACAGAACAAUGCAAGAUAUUGUUUACAAACUUGUGCCAGGCCUCCAAGAAGCGGAAAUGAAGAAACAAAGGGAGUUUUAUCACAAACUGGGCAUGGAAGUUCCAGGGGAUAUCAAAGGGGAGACAUGUUCUGCAAAACAGCAUCUAGAUUCCCAUCGGAAUGGUGAAACUAAAACAGAUGAAAAUUCAAACAAAGAAACUUCUGAGGAAAAACAGGAAGAGGAUAAUGACUACCACCGAAGUGAUGAACAGGUAAGCAUCUGCUUGGAAUGCAAUAGCAGCAAAUUGCGUGGAUUGAAACGAAAAUGGAUUCGCUGUUCAGCACAAGCAACAGUCCUGCAUCUAAAGAAGUUCAUUGCCAAAAAACUUAAUCUUUCUUCUUUUAAUGAGCUGGACAUAUUAUGCAAUGAAGAGAUUCUUGGCAAGGACCACACACUCAAGUUUGUAGUUGUUACUAGAUGGAGAUUUAAGAAAGCACCUCUACUGCUACAUUACAGACCCAAAAUGGACUUGCUGUAAGAGAACUUUAUUGUCCUUCUGGACAGAGUUUUUUGCAGAGACUAUCAUCUGGCACCUUCUUAGUGCAUCACUAAUCACAUGACACAAACCAGCCGAAUAAUUUUGGAAGACUGUAGUGCUUUCAUAGCGGACUGUCCUUCUGAAUAUUUCUCCUAGGGAUGUGUUACCUAGAUUUCUGGACAGAAAAUAUUUAUACUUAUUUUGUACGAAAGAAAGAAAUUGCAACUCAACAAGACACUACCAGCACUAAGUUUACAGAUACUGAAAACACUUCACAGUUCCAUGUAGCUCAGCCUGAUUCAUCUCUUACAGUUACACAGAAAAAAGUUAGAAUGUUGUGGGGUGAUUUUAAAAUGUUGCUUUUGACACCAAGUUGCAUUUAGUUACUUCUCACGUUCUGAAUAUUUAAAAACUAUAUUUUUGCAAAGUGUUCUUGUGUUAUAUAGUAUGCCUGAUUGCAUUGGCUUUAAUCAAGUUGUUCUGUAGAUCAUUGAACAUAACUAAUGAUACAGUGACUGGUGAUAUUUAUUAUGCUGCAUUGAAAACUUCUGAAAAUCUGGGAAACCAAUGAGUUUGUUAGUUUUGCCCAAUUGUUGCUUUCCCCCACUUUCUGUUUUGGUAAAGUCUUGAUGCCCCUUGCAUGUUGAUUUGGUAAGAUGAGUAACAGUCACCGCAGUUGAUUUUUAAUGUGCCCUGAUAUUUUGCCAUGGCAUCACUUCAUGACAAGUACUCAAAAGUGCUAGAUUUGUGAACUUUAAAAAAUAUAUAUAAAUACAUAUUUCUUAUUUAGCUAUGGCUUGCAGAAAUCAGUUUUUACUUUAGAGAGAAUUUGUUGUCACUGACUGUUGAAACCCUGGCUCGUGAACAACAUUGGGUGAUAUUGCACAAUUUUUAGUGGUUAAAAAUUACUUAGGUAAUUAAGAGCAGCUUUAUAUUUUAUGAACAGCUUUAUAUUUCCUUCACCUGUUUUCUUAUGAAACCAUGCCUUUUUCUUCAGGACAAUUACUAGAUGUUUGGGGGGUCAGACAAGAUUAUUUUUGCACCUUCUGGCCUUAACUGAUAAUUUUACUUGCAUCAGCCCUAGUGGAUGCAAGGUGACAUAUAUGCUGUGUAUGUGUGUACAUAUCUAUACACAUAUAAACCUGUAUAUGUUAUGGAACGCACCCUCAAUAGCACUUAGCAGAGUUCACUGCACUGUUUGUAACGCUUUUUGUAAUUGACGGCUUUUUAAAAACAGUAGUUGAAACUGAUUUCUGCAAGAUGUGUACUGUAUAGCAUGUAUAGUACAGAUGUGAGAGCAUUUGCGUGCCAGGGUGUAAGUUACUUAGAACUCCCAAUAUACAGUUUGCAUCUGGAAAUAGCUAGCCUUCUAACUUUCAGAAGCAUUUUCCAGACAGAUGGAAAUGCUAGCUGCUAUAACUAUUUUUUUUUUUUAUAUAUAAACUGCCUUUGGAUAAGAAAGUAAGCCUGCUUGUAACUGCCCUGCUUUCUCUACUGUGCUCCUUCCCCUCUUCUGCAAGAAAGUAUUAUUUGUUACCGAUAACAGGAAGCUGAUAUCGCAAGAGCUUUAUUAAGUAUUUUCAAUCAUCUUCCUCUUCUUGAGUUUUCAAAGCACCGCAUUCCUCAGCUUACCCUCCUGCAUUUUCAUUCUUUGGAGUCUUAAGCUGUCCUUUCUUAGAUCUGCUGCGGCAGAAGGGAUGUUCCAAUUUUUGUUUAUCUUUGAAAACAGGGUUUUUCAUUUUUAUAUAUAAUCACAGAUGUGAAUGGGAAGGAAACCAAAAGUUAUGCAAGCAGAGAAAGAAGGGAAGCCUACUGAAAUGUGGAGAUGGAAAUGGCACCGAAAUGAAAGCUAAAAAGAGCUGCUGUCCCUGCAAAUGAGGGCAUAAAGUAGCUAGAUCUGAAUGCCUGGUCCACAUCCAGGCUUUGUGUGUGGGUGUGUGCGUGCACAUAGAGUGAUGGAAUUGGAACGUGGCUCUGGUUUUGUCUUACUGUUUCCAUACUCAUAUAUGUAUUUCAGCUUUCACCUGUAUUUAACAUUUAUUGAACUGGUAGAACAAAUGAGAUCCUGAGUCUACCUUUUUAUAAGCUUUUUAUGAAAACCGAGAAUGCAGGUGGUGUGGAUGCAUAUGCAAACUGGCAUACUGGGCCUUUCUGGAGCUGUUCAUGUGGUUGUUACUGUCCUAGUGUAAAAAAGGGACUGGCUCUAGCCAGUGAAGCACUGAGAAUACUAACACGGCUAUCAAUAGCCACCCUCUGUACACCCCGAAUGUACAGAUACUGGCUGUACCUGAUGUAGACAUAGAAUUAAAUACCCUAGACGGCAUCCUGAUUAAGAUAGGUUGUGUGUGUGUGUGUGUGCGCAAACACACAUACACGUACACUUGUGCGUGAGAUCUGUCUACCUCAGAAUGAGUGUACUGCAGAAAUAUUUUGUACAUCCAGACAUUGAUGCAGUGCUGUUAAAGUAUGUUAGGAUUUUAGCACUUUCCACUGUAUAGUUGUACAACUGAGGACUCAGUAGCAAACAAGCAAAUUCAUAAGGCUUUCCUAUCUAUUGUUUUCUGAAAAAAAAUAAAAAUAAAAACAAAAAAAAUCUGUAGUACAGAACAUAUAUUUGGAAGUUUUUAGCCCUCUUUAGAAUCACUUGAAUUUAUUAUGGUGCUAUCAAUAUGUUGAAAACUCUGUUGAUAUUUACCUGAUAUUUACCUAUAGACAGGUAAAUUCAAACCAGUAUUAAUAUCUAUAAAUAUUUGGGAGUUCUUUUCCUCAGAAUUGUGUGCAACUGCUUUUGCAAUGUGUUUAGUCUGAUAAAACCUCAUCAAUGAAAAGAAAAAAAAAAGAAACCCCUGUUAUUUUUUUAAAUCAUAUGUCAUAGUGUCUUUGGUAUAGAAACUCUUUCCCUCAGGAGGGGUGUGAUUGUGUCUGGACCAUAUAUUUAUUUUCUCUAGCCUUACUAAAAGACUACAAUGCAAUUGAAUUGAACUGAGAGGGAGGCCUCCUUUGGGUCAGAGCUCUGUUUCACUUCUGUGAAGCUUAGGGGACAGCUAAUUUAUAUCAAGAUUAUAUUGGGUAAAAUAACCCUGAUUCUGUUCAAAGUUGAACUGAAAGUUGGACUCAGCAUAGAUAUCUCUCUGUCCUAGCAAGAUCCUGUUCAGUUUAUUUUGGAUUUAUUUGAAGAUGGCAUUACUGUGAAGUAGUUUUCACAAUUGCUUACGCUGGUAAAUAAUUACAGUAAAGUAUCUUGUUACAUUAUCCUCAGCAGCAAUGAGACUGAUGAAUCACCCAGGGUCAGAGUCUCAUUAAAUAUAGUUUCAUUAAAAACAGAGAAUUCAGAUAGAAUAUAUAAUAUUGAAUUUAAAUAAGAUUUGGGGUUUUAAAAAUUAACUUUAUAAAAUUAUUUAUUCUAUUUUAAACCUUCUGUCUUAUUUUACCAUCCAAGUAUUUUUGGUUUCAAUGGUCCAACUUUAUUUACGGGCAUAUAAAAUGAAAUUGUAAGAUGUUUUUACAAGCUUCUUCCUUUUACAUUGAGUUUAAGUAGCUUUUAUUUGUAUGUUUUUGUUUUCUAUGGAUAAAGAGCAUUACUUAUGUUUUUGUGCAAUAGGUUUGAAACAUGCAUUUAUUAGGCAUAUGUUUAAAUUGUAAAUGUAGCAUCUACUUACCGUUAAACUUAAAAAGGACUGUAGAUGGCAUUUUUGAUUUGUUCAAAUGGGGUUUUAUUUGGGGCUGUUACUUGGGGAUGCUGUUUUUGAUUAUUCUUUAUUUUAAGAGUGGAGUGUGGGAUAUAAAUUUGUGUAAGUACAAGAACUAUCUGUCAGCAAUAUUCUAAAAUAAAUGAUCUUGCAAGAAACCUUAAUGUGAAUUGUGGAAGCAAUCGGCAAGACUUGCAGCCUAUCUGAAAAUGUUUUGUGCCAUUGUUAUGUCUGGUAUCUUUGCAUACCAUCAAACCUGGGAAUAUUUAUUUUUAUUGGUUGUGCAAUAGUGUACACAACACUAUCACCUCUGGGGAUAUGGGACCAUAAAAAAUAUCAGACUACAACUAUGAUGGUGCUAUUUUUUCCAAUAGGCUAUGAGCCUUUGAAAGCUUAUCUGGCUCUAUUGUCUUCAUAACAGCAUUAAUAGUCUUAGGGGAUUCAUUUAUUUUUUUUUUUCUACAGGAUGGUAAAAGUAACCAUACAAUGAGCCAAUUUUGCAACAUUAUGCAUCUUACCAUUGAGAUAAAUGUAAUAGGAAAAAGCCAACCAGUCUGUACAUCAGCAGAUGAAUUUUACUAAGUUAUAUUCUCAACAAUAAUUAAGAUAUGUUUUUUGUACAGAAGGCUGGACUGUACAGAAGAAUCUAGUUUCUCUAUUUCCUCAGGUAAUCACUUCAGUUUGGAUGUUUCACUGGAGAUGCUAAUACGACCUACAAUUCAGUUCCUUUGUGUAAAAUAGGUAACACGACAGAAAUUGUCCUAUACACCAGAAUCUCUACAUAAGAUAUAAUUAACUGUAAUUGAGAGCUGUGGACAUCUGUUGCUGAAGUUAAAAGCUGUAGAGAGAACAACAUUAAGGAACAUGGGAACAAUACUUCAAUCUCUGCUUUCAUCUGAACUUGCAAUCAGUACAAACACUUUCUAGGAACUUGCUUUAACUUGCUUUUUGUGGCAAGCUAAUGAUGUUUUACCAUUGAGUUACAACUUAUUUAUAUACAAACUAAAGCUCCAGUCUUGCUAUUUGGUCUGUGUUAGAUCCAUCCAUAGGGCUUCUAGGAAAUUUUUCAUGUAGGAAAACUUUCCAUGCACAAGGACACACCCAGAUGAGGGUGGCAGGGCGUGAAGUAAGUGUCCUAUGAGCACUUCUGUUGGUAACUUUGCAAAUUUCCUGUGGAACCAUCCAGGUUCACACAGGCUCAUUCAUGCGAAGUCAGGUGUAGUUGAAGGAUGGAGUCCUGAUUUUUAAAGGCUGGGCUGGUGUUUGACUUCUUGUUUGUUUGUUUUUCCGCAAUUUUUGUUUGAAACUCAAAGCAUUGGUUUACUGGAAUCAUGAAUUCAAGUUAAGUCAUCCAAACAAAAAGAGAGUUUCUUUCCUUCUGCAACAAGAUUAUUUCACAGUUAAGGGACAAUAAGCCAGUGCAACCACUAAGCCUUUAUCCUCAUAUGUGGCAUAAUAAAGAUGCUGAAACUGUCACAGUGUAAAACCAUAUUUUUGGCUUAGCUUCAUUUGAAAGUUUACAAUUUUUUAUGCUUUGUGUUGCUGUGUAAUUUUUGUACUAUUGGUGGCUAGUUUUGUCUGAAUAAGCCUUUUUGGAUUAUUGCUUAAUGUUUUGAUUUUAUGAUAGUGAAGCUUGUAUCCAGUGUUUUGCCAAUUAAUAUUAUAUGCUUGUUAAUAAAAGCAGAGAAACUAACUGAAAUCCUGUCAGGCUGGAAGUUUUUGUCCCAUUUUUUUUUUUUUUUUCUCAAGAACAUAAGGACCUAGUCAGCAUAACAUAAUAGCACUGAGCAAACCCAGUGUAACUGAAACAACAUUACAUGGUUGUCGUCAAUCUGUCUAUAACUCAUCUUACUCAUAUAAAACACCAGCAAUGCCUGAAGCAUUGCCCCACUGCCCAGGUGGAGAUAUGCAUGUGACAAGUGAAUGGCAUGCAGUUGCCGGCUAGGAAACGGAAUGGCUUCAGCUGCAUGGACGAAAAACAUAGUUGCCCUUUUAUAUUUAUGUAUUUGUGGGUAGAAAUGUACUUGCUGGAAUUAUGUAUUGCUUUCAGUCUCACUUUACCCAGUCAUGCUGAUGCGCAGGGGCAGACUGCACUACUCUGAACCACAAAUGUGUGCUUUAACACAUCAAAUUGGAUAUUCUGAUUUUAUUCAGGGGACUGUGACACCUUUUUUUCUUUUUUAUUAUCUGAACUGCUAAGAAAAAAGGGUUCUUGCUUAUUGGAACCUUUAAUGAAUUUGUUUUGCCUUUCAAAAAUUGGUGUCUUUUGGUAUUAGGCAAGCAUUGGUGCUUGCUCUCUUGUUAAAAUUGAGAACUUUUUUUCUUCAAGAUCCUUGAGAAUGGUUUUAAAUCCUGAACACCAGAGGUGUAAGGGGAUUUUUAGCUGAAAUAAAUUGAAAUACCUUGUCCAGAUACUAUACAGUAAUUGAUUUCCUUGCAUUAUUUAUAUGCAGUAAUGUAAACUUAUAGCUUGUGUACUGUUCUCUCAGAGAACUUGAAGGAUGUUUUUUUUUUUUUUUUUUUUCCUUCUUUUUCUACUUGUUAGGAAUUGCCAACAGCCAUGGGCUGGUUUGAAGUUAGAGACUCUUACACACAGCUCUUACUGGCACUGACAGUACCAAUAUAUAAUUGUCCUGGGGAAAUCAGGCAUUUUUCACUUAAAUCACAUUAGUGAUUUAAAUACCGUCACGAGACAUUUACUUUAGAAAGGUCCCUUUGCCUAUAUGUAGUCACUUUAAAAUAAUAAAUAUUAGCACUAAUUCUUCCUGAGCACGCACUAUCUCUUGUAAAUCUGUGCUCUCAUUAGUAGUGGUUCUAACACUUCCCUGUACGUUGUACUAUUGGUUGCUCUCAUCUACCACUGAACAAAUCCAUGAUGGGCCUGGUUCAGACUGCUUCUUCCCGUCUUGUAUUUUCAGCAAAAAAUCCAGGAGUGCAGAGAUGAUGUGCUAGAACAGAGGGCUUCUACUUCAUGCCAGUGUGAUUGCAGAUUUGUUGACUUCUGUAAAUGCUAUAGUAGUUAGGAGAAGAAAACCUCUGCCAAUUCUUACAUGAGCAGAUGUUCAUAGUGACAACACCACGUGAGUUGUGCUGUCUUUAAUUGGCAUACAUGUCAUGGAGAAAUUACUCAGGUAUGCAAGGGGAUUGAUUUAAUAUGUAUACCUCACUUAAGGAAUGAUUAAAGCGCUGCCAUCAGCAUCUGUUGUGAAUGUGACUUUUGAAAUACUUGUUGGAAAAAUUGUUUUGGAAGUCGAUGUUUCAUAUUGUACCAUGUAAAAUAUACUUGUAGUAAUUUAGAAUGUUCUCUGCCUUUGAUGUGGACAGAAAAAAAAAUAAAUUAUUUGACUUUUUAUCUCUCUUACCA